AUGGAGAUUAUGGGUAUAGGGAUUACUUGGGCCGUAUUUAGAGCCGCUUUUUUGGAGAAGUACUAUCUUGAGGAUGUGCGUAGGAAGAAAGAGAUAGAAUUCCUUAAGCUAAAGCAAGGGAGUUCAGCUGUUGUUGAGUACACUGCUAGGUUCGAAGAACUAGUGAAGUAUUGUCUAUAUUAUAACAAUUCGUCAGCUGAAGUGUCCAAGUGCAUUAGGUUUGAGAAUGGACCGCGUCUAGAGAUCAAGCAAGGUGUUGGGUAUCUUGAGAUUCGCCAGUUUCCUAUACUAGUGAAUAAGUGUAGGAUUUAUGAUCAAGAUACUAGAGCCAAGUAUUCUUUUUAUAAGAGUUAUAAUGAGAAGAAAGGAAAGACUCAAGACCGUGGGAAGUCGUAUAGUACCCAUGCUGAUAAAGGGAAACAAAAAGUGUCUGAUGAGAAAAGCUAA